UUUGGUUAUGACACAGUUCUGGAUACAUAACCUAGAUUGCCAAAAAUUGGUACUUAGAAUUCCAAAACCAAAUUCUUCACAUAAUCAAAACACAGCAUCACACAGAAUGUCGUCGGGGCGUAAGUGCAAAAACUGCGGAGGCUCGGAUAUCGAAGUAGACCCCGCCAGAGGGGAUGCGGUGUGUACGGCUUGCGGGUCUGUGCUCGAGGACAACAUUAUCGUCGCUGAAGUGCAGUUCGAAGAGGGGGCUCAUGGGUCUUCUAGUGCUAUCGGACAGUUCGUCGCAGCUGACUCAAAGGGAGGCAUAACCAAGUUUGGAGGCCUCCAUAUGAGUGAUAAAGCAGAGUCCAAAGAAAUCACCGUUCGAAAAGCUCGGCAAGGGAUAUCGAGGCUGUGCAGCCAGUUGAUGCUGAGUCAACACUGUAUCGAUACCGCUUGUAGAUUUUUCAAACUCGCCCUCGGGGAGAACCUGACCAGAGGCAGGAGGAACACGCAUGUUCAUGGUGCUUGUGUUUACUUGACUUGCAGGACAGAAGGUACAGCACAUUUAUUGAUAGAUAUUAGCGACGUUCUGCAAAUAUGCUGCUACGAAUUGGGAAGGACAUAUCUCCGAUUGUCGCAGGCGCUGAGUAUCAACAUUCCAUCGGUGGGUAAGUGUUUUUUUAAUUUCUUAUAUCUUCUUCUUCUUUUCGAUUCAGUGGCCUCAGCAACUAAGGCUAUCCGGCCAGUUGGUAACGAACGUUGUUGUUAAGUCCAAAUGUGGCCACACUUAAGUGGACCUGGGGCAGGCCCAUCCACACUUGGGAUGAAAUAAGCGCGUGCAAAGAAUUAUCAUGCUCAGACCUUAGAGAGUGCUUUAUUGAAAGUUGAAAGCCGUGAGAACUCUGCAACUUGAUACAUUUCAAGUUCAUACAUGUUGCGACUGUGUAUACAAGUUCAAUUUGUAGUUUAGAAUCGGUUAAUGCUUUUUGCGUUUGAAAAAUGAUAUAAAAUGACACGCU